AUAAUCAUGAAUACUAUAGCAAUUUAACUUGAUGUGUGUUAAUACUUAAUAGCACUUGAGGUUGUUGAAACCUUUGUGAAAAAAGAAAUAUGUGGUAAUCAUUAUCGAACAUGGGUGCCACCCCAUAGUUGACAAUUAAUCAUAUUCCUUACAAAUCUAACCACUCAAGACUUAAGUUCAUUCAACUUCUUAUAUAUUGAAUUACCAAUGCAACCAUGGAGAGUUAUGUGUAAAUGAGUCCCCCAAGUAUAAUCCUCAAUUUACUUGUCUUCCUCCUCAUUGUCUCAGCCACUUCUUCCGAUGCCAAGAACCUGAACUCGGUGAUAAGCCAAUUUCUGGCACCACAAAAUGCAGCAAGGUCUGCAUUGAGAAUGCGUCCACUUGUAUGGGAUGCCAAACUUGCGCGCUAUGCUCAAUGGUACGCUAACCAGAGGCGGUGGGACUGUGCGUUGAAGCACUCUAACGGGGAUUAUGGAGAGAACAUAUUUUGGGGGAGCGGAAACAAGUGGAGCCCUGUUCAGGCCGCAGCUGCAUGGGUGGGGGAAAAGAAGUGGUACAACUACUGGUCAAAUUCUUGCGGUGGAGGGGAGGAGUGUGGGCAUUAUACACAGAUUGUGUGGAGGCAAACGAGAAGAGUUGGUUGUGCUAGAGUAAAUUGUUUUGGUGGCAGAGGUGUGUUUAUGACUUGCAAUUAUGAUCCUCCUGGCAAUUAUAUUGGGGAGAAGCCUUACUGAUUUUUAUACAGUAGUAUUCAAUUCGACAUUUUUGUAUUUCUUUAA